CUCCGAACUUGCACUGCUGUAAACAAAAAAACCCUAAAAUUUCAGUUCAAAAUAAAAACAAUUGCUUGGCGCUCCCCCUCCUUUUUCUCUGUCACUUCCCAGUUCCCACCCAUUUUAAUUCCCAAAUUGCUCUAUUUCAAUCAUACCUAACCUAAUAUUGUCCCUGUGAAGAAUUUUAAGUAUCAUUGUUCUUAAGAAAUUUCGGGAUUUCUAUCUUCUGUGAUUUUCAGUUUGUAUGAAUUAGAGCAGAAUACGAAUUGAAAGUAAAGGAAAUGAUGUCGAUUGAUGAAGAAAUUGUAUUACGGGAUGUGACCCAAGCUGGUCUUGCGAUUAGUGACCGCAUUAGUCGAGAUGUUGCUGCUCGUUUCGACCUUGAAGAAGCUUUGGAAGCUGCUAGAUAUGCUAGUCAUCCUUAUACUACUCACCCUAAAGAGUGGCCUCCUUUCGUUGAGGUGGUGGAUAGCUGGGAGUUACCCAAUGUUCUUGUAGAAAGAUAUAAUGCUGCUGGUGGUGAAGGAACAGCUUUAUGUGGAAUUUUUCCUGAGAUACACAGGGCAUGGGCUUCAGUUGACAAUUCUCUAUUUCUUUGGCGUUUUGACAAGUGGGAUGGCCAAUGUCCUGAGUACAGUGGGGAGGAACAAGCUAUUUGUGCUGUGGGCUUAGCUAAAUCUAAAUCUGGUGUUUUUGUUGAAGCUAUUCAGCAUCUCUUGGUUCUUGCAACACCUGCUGAGUUAAUUCUUGUAGGAGUAUGCUGUUCAGGAACAGCUGAUGGAACUGAUCCAUAUGCAGAGCUCUCUUUACAGCCGUUAUCUGAGUAUAUUAUUCCUUCUGAUGGAGUUACAAUGACAUGUAUCACUUGCACUGAUAAAGGCCGGAUUUUCUUAGCCGGCCGUGAUGGUCACAUUUAUGAGCUACAGUAUACAACAGGCUCUGGCUGGCAAAAACGUUGUCGAAAAGUUUGCCUUACUUCAGGUCUUAGUAGUGUCAUUUCAAGAUGGGUUGUGCCAAAUGUCUUCAAAUUUGGAGCUGUUGAUCCUAUUGUUGAGAUGGUUUUUGACAAUGAAAGGCAUAUACUUUAUGCAAGAACUGAAGCUGUGAAACUCCAAGUUUAUGAGUUGGGUCAUAAUGGAGAAGGCCCACUCAGAAAGGUGGCAGAGGAAAGGAACUUCAUCAAUCAGAGGGAUCCUAAUUAUGGUGGUAGACAGUCAGGAGGGACAAGAGCUGCUGGUGCAUCGGCAAAACCCUCUAUAGUUUGCAUUUCACCUUUAUCUUCACUAGAGUCAAAAGGGCUUCACCUUGUUGCUGUUUUAUCAGAUGGAAGAAGAAUGUAUUUUUCAACUAGUUCUUAUGGGAUAAAUAGUUCAGUUGGAGGUCUGCAUGGAUUUAGUAACCACCAUAAACCAAGUUGUUUGAAAUUUGUGUCAAUCAGACCUUCUCCUCCUUUGGGUGUCACUGGUGUUCUUGGUUUUGGUUCUGUUCCUUUUGUUGGGCGUGCUCAGAGUGAAGAUCUUUCUCUGAAAGUUGAAGCAGCAUAUCAUUCUGCUGGAACUCUUGUUCUUUCGGAUUCAUCACCACCAAAUGCAUCCUCUCUUCUUAUCGUUUCCAAAGAUUACACUACUCAGUCGUCUGCCCCUAGUAAUAUUGGAACCAAUGUGAGAAGUACUCGUGCAUUACGGGAAUCUGUAUCUUCUCUGCCUGUAGAAGGAAGAAUGUUAUUUGUGGCAGAUGUUUUGCCCUUACCAGAGACAGCAUUAAUGGUACAGUCUCUUUAUUCAGAAUGUGAAUUUUUUGGUAUGGGUAGGUCUGGUGAGUCGUUGGAGAAAGCAUCUGCGAAAUUGUGGGCUAGAGGUGACCUUUCAACUCAGCAUAUAUUACCAAGGAGGCGAAUUGUUGUUUUCAGUACCAUGGGUAUGAUGGAGUUAGUUUUCAAUAGGCCAGUUGACAUUCUAAGAAGGUUGUUGGAAUCUAACUCACCGAGGGCAGUUUUAGAAGAUUUUUUCAAUCGUUUUGGGCCUGUAGAAGCUGCUGCUAUGUGUUUAAUGCUGGCUGCUAAAAUUGUUGAUACAGAAAAUAUUACUUGCAAUAUUGUCACUGAAAAAGCAGCUGAGUCGUAUGAGGACCCUAGAUUCGUUGGAAUGCCCCAACUUGAAGGAAGUAGUGCAUUAUCAAAUGCAAGAACAGCUGCAGGGGGGUUUAGCAUGGGACAGGUAGUUCAGGAGGCUGAGCCUGUGUUUUCUGGUGCCUAUGAAGGAUUGUGCUUGUGCACAGCGAGAUUGCUUUUUCCUUUAUGGGAGCUUCCCGUUAUGGUUAUAAGAGGUGGUUCUGGUUCUUCUGAACCGUCUGGAAAUGAUGUUGUUGUGUGCAGACUUUCUAUUGCAGCCAUGCAGGUUCUUGAAAACAAAAUCCUUUCCUUGGAGAAAUUUGUUAAAUUACGUAAGAAUCAGAGAAGAGGAUUGUAUGCUCGUGUUGCUGGCCUGGGAGAAUUGACAGGCUCAAUUGUAUAUUCAGGUGGUUCAACGUUAGGGGGUGAUGACAGGAGCAUGACUGGAACCUUGUUUGGAGGUUAUUCUCGGAAUUUGGAGUCUGCAACUGCAGUGACUUCUAAUAAAAGACAGCGGUUGCCAUACAGUCCUGCAGAACUUGCAGCCAUGGAGGUGAGAGCAAUGGAAUGCAUUCGACAAUUGCUCCUCAGAUCCAGUGAAGCUCUGUUUCUACUACAACUGCUUUCUCAACAUCAUGUGACACGCUUAAUACAAGGUUUUGAUGCUGAUUUAAAACGGGCAUUAACUCAGAUAACUUUUCAUCAGCUUGUUUGUUCUGAUGAAGGUGACAUGCUAGCAACCAGGCUUUUAUCUGCUUUGAUGGAGUAUUAUACUGGUCGUGACGGUAGGGGAACUGUGGAUGACAUUAGUGGGAAGUUGCGGGAAGGAUGCCCGAGCUAUUAUAAGGAGUCCGAUUAUAAAUUUUACUUAGCUGUGGAACAUCUUGAGAGAGCUGCUGUAUCCGCUGAUGCCGAGGAGAGGGAGAAUCUUGCUAGAGAGGCCUUUAAUUUCUUGAGUCAAGUCCCAGAGUCCGCGGACUUGCGCUCAAUAUGUAAAAGAUUUGAAGAUCUGAGGUUCUAUGAAGCUGUUGUGCACUUGCCUUUACAGAAGGCUCAAGUUCUUGAUCCUGCUGGGAAUGCCAUUAACGAACAAAUUGACCCAACUAAUCGAGAGCGUGCGCUUGCUCAGCGUGAGCAAUGUUAUGAGAUAAUUACAAGUGCCUUACGUAAUCUGAAAGGAGAUACAAUUAAUUCACCUACAAAAUCUACGUCUGCAAGAUCUGUUCUUGAUCAGUCCACUAGAAAGAAGUAUGUUUGUCAGAUUGUUCAGCUUGCUGUCCAGUCCCCUGAUAGAAUAUUUCAUGAAUAUCUCUACCGAGCUAUGGUUGAUCUGGGCUUGGAAAAUGAGCUUUUAGAGUUUGGAGGACCUGAUCUGGUUCCCUUUUUGCAGCGUGCAGUCUCUGAGACUAAAAAUGAGGCACAUGCUGCCUUAUCUGCUACACACCCUACUUCUACAUCGGUUCAUAUGGGUAUGCGUGAUCCAUCUAGCCGAACCAAAUAUUUGGAUCUCUUGGCACGCUAUUACAUCAUGAAACGCCAACAUUUACUUGCUGCGCAUGUGUUAUUGAAGCUGGCAGAAAGACGUUCCAUGGAUGAAAGAGACAUCCCUAGCUUGGAGCAGAGGUGUCAGUACCUAAAUAGCGCUGUCCUCCAAGCCAAAAAUGCAAGCAAUAAUGACAAUUUGACGAGUUCAACAAAAGGUGUUUAUGAUGAUGGACUGCUUGAUCUACUUGAGGGGAAACUAGCUGUAGUGCGCUUUCAGAUAAAGAUCAGGGAGGAAUUGGAAGCCAAAGCUCUGCAGUUAGAAGCAUGCACUGGAAGAUCAGAGUCUAGUGAAAAUGAAGAGACUUCUGUGAGACAUGAAGCUAAUUUAGCCAGCUCUGUAAGAGAGAAGGUGAAAGAGUUGUCAUCAGAAUUGAAGAGCAUAACUCAACUGUAUAAUGACUAUGCUGUUCCUUUUGAUCUUUGGGAGGUAUGUCUUGAAAUGUUGUAUUUCGCAAAUUACUCUGGUGAUACGGACAGCAAUAUUAUUAGAGAAACUUGGGCCAGACUUAUUGAUCAGUCUCUCUCAAGGGGUGGCAUAGCUGAAGCUUCUUCAGUUCUGAAGAGAGUUGGCCCGCAGCUUUAUCCUGGAGAUGGAGCUAUGUUGCCGUUGGAUACGUUAUGCCUUCACUUAGAGAAAGCUGCUCAGGAAAGAUUUACUUCUGGGGUUGAAUGUGUUGGAGAUGAGGAAAUUCCAAGAGCUCUCCUUGGUGCCUGCAAAGGUUCUGCAGAGCCUGUCUUAUACUCGUAUGACCACCUACUGUCGAAUGGAGCAAUUUUAACUUCACCAUUACUCAGGCUACGGCUUCUUCGCUCAGUUCUUGUGGUGCUUCGGGAGUGGGCAAUGUCCAUUUUUGCACAGUCAAUGGGUACAAGUUCUGUUGGAGCUUCUCUGAUUUUAGGAACAUUACUACCUAACCAAACCGCUGGUGGUAACCAAGGAGUCCGUGAUAAGAUCACUAGUGCAGCAAAUAGGUAUAUGACUGAGGUACGAAGAUUGCCCCUUCCGCAAAGCGUAACAGAGGCUGUAUAUCGCGGGUUUCGAGAGUUAGAAGAAUCGUUGAUAAGCCCAUAUUCUUUUCAGCGUAUGUAAUGUUGUGGCUACGUGCAUGCAGUUUCACUGUAGGUACUAUUUUCUAUCUACAUCGAUUCCUAGUGUUCCGACAUUGUGAGGCGAGACUUAGAAGUCCCUCUUACUCCCGCUAUGAUUCCGAAAUCAUCUGCUCUGGCGACUAACGAAGGAAUACUUGGACGUCAUUUGCUACGCACGUUAGUAUUGAAAUGGAGACACCGUAACACAAACUUCCUUGCUAGAACUUGUAAUGGUGUACAAAGGAGCAGUUUCAAUUUAUCAAUUUGCAAAGCCUUAUAGGAUUUUAGGUGUUUUUUAAUUCCUGGUGUAGUGAUGGUUAGAGCUUUUGCUAUUCUAGCAUUCCUUUUAUAGUGUUGUAAUUGCCCAAUUUGAAACUAUUUUUUUUUUAGAUUAACAAUAUCUUUUUUUCGAAAUUCAUAUUAAUUCAUUGAUGAGUCGUACAUUACAUGGAAAUAAUACGUGACAAUUGCGAUCAAA